CCAAUCAGGAUUGGACCGAGUGAAGAAAAGCGAGUGUGUACAGAAAUCACCCGAAAGGCAUACGGAUAUAACUGGGUUUAGUGCGUAGAUUUGAUCGAGGGCGCGGUCUUCUGUGGACGGACGCUUUGGACAUCCAAGAUUCUUGGCUAAAGUGAAAGCACUCAAAGACAGAAUAUGAAGUGUCUUAAAAUAUUGUCUAUAACCAUCGCGCUGUUGAUAGCGCACAGCUCUGCUAUUAUAAGGUAAAAUAUUUUCGUCAGUUGCUUGGGAAAGCUUUGAAUUACGCGAGUAUUUAUUCUUGCGCUAUCCCGUGAUCAGUAUAGAAUAGGCAAGGCUGUAACCGUUCUCUGGGGUAGUUUAAUUUCCUGACAUUAGGUUAUUAUUAUUGCAAAUUUUACAUGCAUGUUUGUUUAGGCACAUGUGGUUCCAAUUUUGGUGCACACACAAAACGUUUCCAUAACGCUGGCAUAUCCAUGACAUCUAUCCCCUAAAGUUUGCAUUGAAGUUAACAUAGAUUGUACAUAAUAACGAAGCAUUUCUGUAGUAAAAUAGAACCAAGCUGCGCGUAAAAGUAUGGGAACAUACUAGUAGAACACUUGUAUAACACAGGAAGUAGAGCGCACGAGUUCUGAAUUAUUUGUUUAACAAAUUAUGACAGAUAAACUGUCUCUUUUCGUUAUCGUACAAAAUUGCCCAUAGAAUUCCCCUCCACAAGACGCGCAGUAUGCGUCCGCCUGAUGAGUGACAAUGGGAUGAGUUUUGAACAACUCCAGGACAUGGCCAAGACCGUUGGUGUUGCAGGAGCUGUCACACCACCAUCCGUACCAGCAACCACUCAGAGUCCGAAAGUGCCAGUUGAGAGACUCACCAACUUCAUGGAUGUAAGUGGAUAUUGUCACUAGGCUUGGGUUAACUCUGUCUUGUUCUAGGCUGACUGAAGCAAUAAUAAGUAAAGCCAAGGUUCUCCAGGAGUUGGGUGUGCAGGCUUUUGUUCCAACCCUUCAUAACAUGGCCAAUCUGCCAAUCAUGGCCCAGAUUGAAGAUAAUUACAUUUACAUUUUACAUUUUAGUCAUUUAGCAGACGCUCUUAUCCAGAGCGACUUACAGUUAGUGAGUGCAUACAUUUGUUCAUACUGAGAUAUAUACUUUAAUUUUUUUUCAGGUGUGUGAUUUGGUUGAAUAAAAGCUUGCACUUUCAGUGUAUCUCUCGCCCCAGGAGUUAGAAGAGAACUGUAGUAUAGACUUAGGCCUAUGUAUUUAUCAUAUGAAUGUGGUGUUGGUAUCAAAUCUCUCUACAGGCUCAGUACUAUGGGGUGAUCAGCAUAGGCACACCACCCCAGGACUUUACCGUGCUGUUUGACACCGGCUCCUCCAACCUGUGGGUGCCCUCCAUUCACUGCUCCUUCCUGGAUAUUGCAUGCUGUGAGUCAGUCUAUUAUUGCCUUCUGCAUUUCGCCAUAGCCACGGGAAGUAGGGGUGCUGAGGGUGCUAAAAAUAAUAAUACAAUUUAUGAAUAAUACAAAAUACACACUGAACAAAAAUGAAACAUGCAACAAUUUCAACGAGUUACAGUUCAUAUAAGGAAAUCAGUCAGUUUAAAUAAAUUAAGCCCUAAUCUAUGGAUUUCACAUCACAGUGACUACAUAUAUGCAUCUGUUGGUCACAGAUACCUUAAAGGUGGGGGUGUAGAUCAGAAAACCAGUCCGUAUCUGGUGUGACCACCAUUUGCCUCAUGCAGCGUGACACAUCUACUUCGCAUCGAGUUGAUUGUGGCCUGUGGAACGUUGUCCCACACCUGGCUGUGCCAAGUUGCUGGGUGUUGGCGGGAACUGGAACACAUUGUCGAUCCAGAGCAAACAUGCUCAAUUGCAGGCCAUGGAAGAACUGGGACAUUUUCAGCUUCCAGGAAUUGUGUACAGAUCCUUGCGACAUGGGGCCGUGCAUUAUCAUGCUGAAACGUGAGGUGAUGGCGUCGGAUGAAUGGCACAAUGACCGAACAUCUCCAGGCUGUGUAAGGGCUAUUUGACCAAGAAGGAGCGUGAUGGAGUGCUGCAUCAGGUGACCUGGCAUCCACAAUCCCCCAACCUCAACCAAAUUGAGAUGUUUGGGAUGAGUCGGACCGCAGAGUGAAGGAAAAGCAGCCAACAAGUGCUCAGCAUAUGUGGGAACUCCUUCAAGACUGUUGGAAAAGCAUUCCAGGUGAAGCUGGUUGAGAGAAUGUCAAGAGUGGGCAAAUCUGUCAUGAAGGCAAAGGGUGGCUAUUUGAAGAAUAUAAAAUAUAUAUUUUGAUUUGUUUAACACUUUUUUGGUUACUACAUGAUUCCAUAUGUGUUACUUCAUAGUUUUGAUGUCUUCACUAUUAUUCUACAAUGUAGAAAAUAGUAAAAAUAAAGAAAAACCCUUGAAUGAGUAGGUGUGUCCAAACUUUUGUCUGGUACUGUACAUCAUAAGGUGCAACGUUAUGGGCAAAGACUCAAAACAUCCACAUACAUUUUUAAUAUUUUUCUUGAUCAAGGAACAUGGAAAAUAACUUUUGUGCAGUAUUAAUUUACCAUCCUUACGAAUCACUUAAUGUAAAUGUACAUUAUUGUAUUGUACAUUGGCUGGUCAUCUAGGUUUGCACCUGUAGACUUUCCAUCACGAAAAACAAUGCACAAUACAGUAAUUGAGUACAUUGAGACAUCAAGUGGUUUGUGAUGAUGUGGCUCAGUUGGUAGAGCAUGGUGCUUGCAACACUAGGGUUGUGGGUUAGCUUCCCACGGGGGACCAAUACGAAAAAGUAUGCACUCACUACUGUAAGUUGCUCUGGAUAAGAGCGUCUACUAACAUGUAAAAGGAAUGAAUAGACCAGAUUCCACAUUUACAUUUUAGUCAUUUAGCAGACGCUCUUAUCCAGAGCGACUUACAGUUAGUGAGUGCAUACAUUUUCAUACUGGCCCCCCGUGGGAAACGAACCCACAACCCUGCCGUUGCAAGCGCCAUGCUCUACCAACUGAACUUAAGGGGACUAGAAAUAAGUUAAUAAUAAUAUGCCAUUUAGCAGACGCUUUUAUCCAAAGCGACUUACAGUCAUGUGCGCAUACAUUUUUACGUAUGGGUGGUCCCGGGGAUCGAACCCACUACCCUGGCGUUACAAGCGCCAUGCUCUACCAAUUGAGCUACAGAGGACCACGUUGCAUUUGCAAAGUAUUUCAAGAAACUGGAAAACACAUAUCAAGCAAGUAUUCUUAUAUUCUACAAGUAUUAUCAGAUUAACUGUUUUGCACAGAUAAUUAUCAGACUCAAGAUACAAAUGCUGAUAAACACUGAAAUUCAAAUACAUUUAGUUUACAAUUUUCUUCGCACUAGUGCAUUGGGCCUUUACUAGUUCUGUAUUAGCCGGCAAUAUUAAUGUCUUCAGCGCGGGCAUAUAUAUAUUUUUUGCAAACUACUUCCCGUGGCGAUGCACUUCAUUCAUAACACUAUAUGGUUUUACUAUCUGCUGAGACUCCUAUCAUGUAAUCAUGAGAUGGGUGCAAAGUUGCAAAUACCUUUUUGCUCUUCCAUGUUUUGGGCUGUACUGGAAGUCCUAUUCAUAUUUUUAAGGCAUCACGAGGGAUGUGUUUAUUUUGUUUGAAAAAUGAUUUAUCAAACUUGAGAAAGUUGUCAACUUUAUGUACACCUCUGCUUAGGGCUCCACCAUCGUUAUAACUCCAAGAAGUCGAGCACGUACGUUCAGAAUGGCACAAAGUUCUCCAUCCAGUAUGGCAGAGGCAGUUUGUCUGGGUUCAUCAGUGGGGACACUGUCUCUGUAAGUGGACUGUUCUGUUCACACACACACACGUUGUCCAUUGUUCAUUUGUAUUCCUAAUUUAAGUGGGCAAAUCCACAGCAUUUUUGUGUAAUUUUACCACUGUCCAUUUUAAGUGAUGGAAUGUGGAGUAUAGUCUGCAUACCAUUCCUUACUGUCUAUUGUCUGUAAACCUCACUGUUUUAGUGUUCAAGAACAGUCUGAUUUGUAUCCUGUUCUGCAUUCCAUCCCUCUCUCAGUUGGCUGGCAUGCAGGUUGCUGGUCAACAGUUUGGUGAGGCCGUGAAGCAACCUGGCAUCACGUUUGCAGUGGCACGCUUUGACGGAGUGCUGGGCAUGGGCUACCCGUCCAUAUCUGUCGACAAGAUAACCCCUGUGUUUGACACUGCCAUGGCUGCCAAACUGUUGCCUCAGAACAUAUUUUCCUUCUAUAUUAGCAGGUUGGUUGGUUUUAGGGAUUUUACCUUUAUUGAAUAGAUUCUUACUGGGGGCCGUAGGUCAAUGUGUGGUUUGUUGACUUGUGAUUUGUUUUUAAACUAUUUUUUAAACAGUCCUGUUUACUGUUGGUGGAGGUCAACUGAAAGGGGUUUCUUGUAUUUGAACUGGGAUAUUUUGAGCUCCUGUUAUCCUGAAAUUCUACAUUUGCUGUCAUAUUUCCUCAGAAACAAGGAAGUGAAAUAGUUUGCCUAAUUUCAGUUUGUGACAACAAUCCCGUUAUAGUGUAGAGAAUCAGUGUACCAUCUAAACCGCUGUGAAACAUAUUUUCAAUUUUACCGAAAAUAUUGUAUUUUCAGCUGUUUGAAGCUGGUGUACAAAACUGAAAAUAAAAGACGCAAAAACAUAAGAAUGGGAAGCAAAGAAAUAGCGCACAUAGAACAUAUCUACUGCUUCUUAGACUUGCUUUCAAUGAGUGACAGAUCUAUAACUCACAUUUCUGUGAAUUUGGUCGGGUCACCCAAAAAGUUACAUAUUGAAGCUUUAAAAUGUCUUCCUUUUUGUGGGCAAAGUCUAUGAACCACAGGUAAAUGAAAUUCAUUUUCAUAACUUGUACAACCUUGUAUUCUUGUGUCGUCACUAGCUUCAAUGGGGUUGAGGCAAUGAUACAUUUUCUUCUCUGAUAUUAGAUUGACGAUCAAGACCAUCUUCCAGUGCACCCUAGUAGAUUUAUCCAAUGAACUAACAACUUGUAACCCCUUUGAUAUCCUGUUCCUCAGAGAUCCAUUAGCUGCUGUAGGAGGAGAGCUGAUGCUGGGAGGCAUAGACCCACUGCACUACACUGGAGACCUGCACUAUGUCAACGUCACACGCAAGGCCUAUUGGCAGAUCGAGAUGAGCAGGUAAGCAACUUGGUUCUCAUCUACACAGGCUCUAUUAUAAUAUCUAUACCAGGGGAGAACGACUGCCCCCUCAUUGAAGCCAUGAAGUUCAAGGCCGACGGGGUACUGCAUGCUGUUUCCAGAAAGCAGGAUCCCCCAUGAUAGUGGAUGGAAAAAUAGCAAUCUUUGUGUCAAUAAAGAAAUAAGACAAUCAAGGUACCAAUAAUUGCUUCUAUUACAUCAGAUGCAUGUCCUUGAACCAAUCAUUAAAAAAAAAUCGCACACAGAAGAAGUUAAGGAUAAUUUAGUCUUGAGUGAUCACAGCUAAUUGGUGCUCUGCAUCUGCUCUGCAGUGUUGAAGUGGGCAACCAACUGACUCUGUGCAAGGGCGGUUGCCAGGCGAUUGUUGACACGGGAACAUCCCUCAUCACCGGGCCUGUGGAGGAGGUCCGGGCGCUGCACAAAGCCAUCGGAGCCUUGCCUCUACUGAUGGGAGAGGUAGGUAGAGGAGUCUGUAGACUAAAUGUCUACCUGUUGUAGCAUACAAGUACAUUCUAUCAGUUCCAACCUCUUUUAGUUCUCCUGAAUGGUCAACAAAAUAUUUCAAUCAUGCACAGUAAGGCUCUAUUUUCUUGUAAUCUCAGUUGUGUUCAUUUGUAUUGUAGUGACAGAAGUUAAGUUUUGAUUUGUGAAGUACAUACUUUUCACCUUGUUUUUUCCCCCCUUACUCCCUCUCAGUAUUGGAUUGACUGCAAGAAGGUUCCAUCUCUCCCCGUCAUCGCAUUCAACCUGGGAGGGAAGAUGUUCAACUUGACUGGAGACGACUAUAUCCUGAAGGUAAAUUACACCUCCUGACCAGUGUUCACUGUGGCCUGCCUGCCAGUAGAAAAUAGUCUGUGAAAUUUGACAUCUUUCAAUCAGCAUGAAUUAAACGGUUAAUCAGUUCGCAUGCCUAGAGAUGCAUUUUACUACAUCUUGAAAAGUAUUAUCUAUUUAAUUCUGUGGCCAUACCUCUAGAUGAGUUGAGUAGAGGUUGUAGUUAAGUUGAAGUGUGACAAAUCAUUCAAAGCUUCUCCCCUAUGUGCUGCAGGAGUCCCAGAUGGGUCAGAAAAUCUGUCUGUCAGGCUUCAUGGCCAUGGACAUCCCUCCUCCGGCUGGACCGCUGUGGAUCCUGGGAGAUGUGUUCAUUGGACGCUACUACAGCGUGUUUGACAGAGACUCAGACCGCGUGGGGCUCGCCCCCGCCAAGUAGAGGGGAGAAACAACAGAAACUACACCCCAUAGCCACUUGUGGAGAGGAUGUGAUGGGUAUAAGCCAAACCAAGGUCAACCUAUCAAAUCCCCACAGGAAAAGCACACCACCAAAAU